AUGCUUUUUUUUGUAAUUGAGUCGAAGUUCCUUUCCAUUUUUCUUUCUUUCUUUCUCUUCUUUCUUUCUUUCUUUCUUUCUUUCUUUCUUUCUUUCCUUCUUAACCUCUGCUCAAAUUUAGUCCCUUUCUUUCUUUCUUUCUUUCUUUCUUUCUUUCUUAAUUUCUGCUCAAUUUUAUUCCCUUUCUUUCUUUCUUUCUUUCUUUCUUUCUUUCUUUCUUUCUUUCUUUCUUUCUUAACUUCUGCUCAGAUUUAUUCCUUUUCGUUUUUCUAUUUUAUUUUUCAUUCCUUUUCUCAUUUUCUUUCCUGUUUCCAUUUAUUUUUCUUUUCUAUUUUUCUAUCUAUAAUUUUUUCUUCUCUUCCUUUACUUUUCUUGCACGACUUUGUUAAACGCUUUAUUUCCUCUUUGAUUUUGGGAUCAUUUUUCAUUCGGUCUUUCAUUUCCUUUUUUUCUUUACUUAUUCACUUUUCUCUCUUCCGCUUUAUUUUUUUUCUUCUCAUUUUGACGAUUAUUUUUCAUUUUCUUCAUUUCACUAUCGUUCUUUCUUUCUUUCUUUCUUUCUUUCUUUCUUUCUUUCUUUCUUUCUUUCUUUCUUCUAAUAGCUUACCUCAUCUCUUUUCUCUCGUUUUCUUUCUUUAUAAUCUGAGGAAAACAGCUGUUUUCUUGUAUAUAUCCCAGACUAUUCCUAUCUAUCUAUCUAUCUAUCUAUCUAUCUAUGGUUUCUCCCAUUUUGUUUUCCACACUAGCGGGCGUGAAUACAUACACACAUAUAUUUAUUUACCUUUCUUUAUUCAUGUCUCAACACUCCUUAUACACAACAGUUAUAUAAUGUAUCUUAGUCAGUUCUUAUCUAUCUAUCUAUCUAUCUAUCUAUCUAUCUAUCUAUCUAUCUAUCUAUUACAAACUCUUCUUAUCUCUACCAGUCUCUCUCUAUUUAUAACAAUCUGUUCUAAUCUAUCUAUCUAUCUAUCUAUCUAUCUAUCUAUCUAUCUAUCUAUCUGUUCUCUCAUUCUGUUUUUCACACACAUACAUAUAUUUACAGUUAUACAAUGUAUCUUAGUCUAUUCUCAUCUAUCUAUCUAUAUAUCUAUCUAUCUACCUAUCUAUCUAUCACGGACUGCUCUUAUCUCUCCCACUCUCUUUCUCUCACUUUCUCUCACUCUCCGUCUCUUUCUCUCCGUCUCUCUCUCUCUCUAUCUAUCUCUCUAUCUAUUCUUUUAUCUCAGCCUGUUCUCAUCUAUCUAUCUAUCUAUCUAUCUAUCUAUCUAUCUAUCUAUCUAUCAACUUUUUCUCUCUCGCUCUCCUAGUUUUUCUGACACCACAUAUGCACGUACGAACCCAAGCCGUUGUCGUCUAUUCAUUUCCCUCUGUCGCAACGCAAACCCACCUGCAAUACUCGAAGCACAGAAUCGGAGUCCCCCCCCUGAUUAUGCGCGUCGGGCAUUGCUCUUCAAGAGGGUUCGCGUUGUAUUUCAUGUUCGAAUUGGGUUUACGCACACACAAGCGUGGGUUUGCGACAAUUUAUCCACGUCCCAUCUAUCUAUCUAUCUACCUGAAUCUUUUUUUUUUUUAAAUCUAUCUAUCUAUCUAUCUAUCUAUCUAUCUAUCUAUCUAUCUAUCUAUCUAUCUAUCUAUCUCAUUUUUUCAUAUAUAUCUCCUAUCUAUCUAUCUAUCUAUCUAUCUAUCUAUCUAUCUAUCUAUCUAUCUACACACACAGAGAAAUUGAUACAUAUAUACACAUAG